GUGUCUUUCAUAAUAUAUGAUGUCAAAACACAUGAUAUUUGUUUGUAAAUAAAUAUUGCGUUGUCAUAUUUGUACUAGCGUGAUUAGGACCGAAGUUCAUAUGUAAUAGAACAGUCUGGUAGAAUGCAUCUCCGCAGAAAACUGACUUUAAUACUUUCAUGUUAUGUGCUUUCCGCAACAGUUUCGGCUUAUAAGCCGUUAGUUAUCAUGCAUGGAAUAUUAACCGGAAGGAAAAGUAUGGUUUCAAUGGCUGAGCACAUACAAGAGGCUCACCCUGGAACAGAGAUAACAAUUAUUAACAAAUAUGCUGCCUGGGAAAGUUUGGCUCCAAUGUGGCACCAAGUUGUUGAUGUAGGAAGAGAAAUAAUGAAGAUAUCAGCAGCUCACCCAGAUGGCAUUAAUCUUAUCGGUUACUCCCAGGGUGGAUUAAUAGCUAGAGCAAUUUUGCAGCAGUUUCCAAAUCAUAAUGUGAAAACAUUUAUAUCUCUCAGUUCCCCACAGGCAGGGCAGUAUGGCACGCAGUUUCUUCAUCUGUUCUUCCCGAACCUUGUGCGUGAGACAGCCUAUGAACUCUUCUAUUCAUCAUUGGGGCAGCACACCUCUGUUGGCAAUUAUUGGAAUGAUCCCUACCACAAGGAGCUAUACUACAACUACAGCAAAUUCUUGCCGUAUGUUAAUAAUGAGUUGGAAUCACCAUAUAGCUCACAGUAUAAGUAUGGUCUCACAAAGUUAGACAAUCUUGUACUUAUUGGUGGUCCUGAUGAUGGUGUCAUUACACCUUGGGAGUCUAGUCACUUUGGGUAUUAUGGUGAAAAUGGAAGUGUGAUAGAUAUGAGGAAACAACCUGCAUAUGUUAAUGAUACACUUGGUUUACAAACACUUGACUUAAAAGGAAAACUAUUACUGAUUAAAAUUCAUGGUGUUAGUCACCUUCAAUGGCACAGGAAUGCAACUGUUAUUGAUAAAUUUUUGCUGCCAUUUUUAGACUGAAAUGAGUUUUAGAAUAAUUGUUUUUCUUGAAAUGAACAUUUAAUUCUAAAUAAAUAGUGAUUUAUUAUA